AGCCAUAACUCAGUGUUUCCUCUCAUCUUGAUAGAUGCUGCAAGGCCUUGAUGCAAUGCUAGAGUCUAUAUUGACCAUUUGUUCCAAUAUCAUGUCCAUAUGUCAGCUUAUGAUUGUUGAAGCUUCAAAGAAACAUGUGAAACAACUGAACAAAGGUCUAGCUCAAGUUGCAGCUGUAGAGUAUGUUCUAAUCAUCCUGUGAUAACAAGCUUUAAUUUUGAAUUUAAUGUGGACCCAUGUUUGUUGGAAGGUGUUCAAGGUCAUCAUAAGACCUUUAGAGGACCUAUUUUGCAUUACUCUUUAGUGGUUAAGAUCAAUAUGAUUGUAGUUGUUUAUAUCUUCAUUUUGCUUUUUGGUUGGAGUUUUGCAUUAAUGUAAAAUAUGUUUUGUAGGGGAAAAAAGGGUUCUCAACUCUGAACUUUGGCAUGCAUGUGCGGGACCUCUUGUUUCUCUACCUCCUGUUGGAAGUAGGGUUGUUUAUUUCCCACAG